GACUCGAAGAGCAAAGGGGGGAAGGAAGUGAAUGAGAAGCAGAAGGUUUAAUUAAAAAUAGUAAGCAAAGGGAGCAACAACAAAGCAAGAAAUGCCCCCUCAGUCCCCAGCCCCCAAACCCCACAAGAAGUUGUACUUCUUCAACGGCCACCGCAAGCCCUCCCAGAACCGCCCCUCCGUCCGCGGUGGCCUCUUCUCCAACCGUCUCUCCCUCACCCAACCCCAAUCCCAUCCCCAUCCCCAUCCCCAUCCCCAAUCCCAACCGUUCCAUCUUCAGAACUGGGACACACAUACCCAAUCCCCACCGUCCACUCCCCCUUGCCCUCACCACAACUUCUUCUCCUCCUCCCUCCGCCUCUCCCCCAUCGCCCGCUUCAUCGCCGACUCCUUCCGCAAGCACGACAACCGCUGGGGCCCGGCCGUCGUCGCUGAUCUCAACAAGCUCCGCCGCGUCACUCCCACUCUCGUCGCCGAGCUGCUCAAAGUCCAAACCGACCCUGCCCUCGCCUCCAAGUUCUUCCACUGGGCGGGCAAGCAGAAAGGCUACAAGCAUGAUUUCGCUUCCUACAACGCCUUCGCCUAUUGUUUGAACCGUACCAAUCGCUUUCGCGCCGCAGAUCAACUGCCCGAGCUAAUGGAAUCUCAGGGAAAGCCGCCCACCGAGAAGCAAUUUGAAAUCUUGAUCAGAAUGCACUCCGAUGCCAAUAGGGGUCUUAGGGUUUACUACAUUUACGAGAAAAUGAAGAAGUUUGGGAUCAAACCCAGGGUUUUUCUUUCCAAUAGAAUUAUCGAUGCGUUGGUCAAAACCGGUCAUGUAGAUUUGGCGUUGUCGGUUUAUGAGGACUUGAGGGACGAUGGGUUGGUCGAAGAGAGCGUCACUUUCAUGAUUUUGAUAAAAGGGUUGUGUAAAGUGGGUCGAAUCGACGAAAUGCUGGAGGUGUUGGGGAGAAUGAGGACCAAUUUGUGUAAGCCGGACGUGUUCGCGUACACGGCGAUGGUGAGGGUUUUGGUUUCACAGGGGAAUUUGGAUGCCUGUUUGACGAUUUGGGAGGAAAUGGUGAGGGACAAUGUGGAGCCGGACGUGAUAGCUUAUGCAACGUUGGUUACGGGGUUGUGUAAAGGUGGGAGGGUGGAGAGAGGAUAUGAGUUUUUCGAGGAGAUGAAGGAGAAGGGCUGUUUGAUCGAUAGAGUGAUAUAUCGGUCGCUGGUUGAGGCAUUUGUGGCGGACGGGAAGAUAGGGUUGGCUUGUGGCUUGUUGAAGGAUCUGGUAGAUUCUGGGUAUAGGGCUGACUUGGGGAUCUAUAAUUCGCUUAUUGAAGGUUUGUGUGGUGUGAAGCAGGUGGAUAAGGCUCACAAGCUCUUUCAGGUCACCUUUCAGGAGGGUCUUGAGCCGGACUUUGUGACUGUGAAUCCCAUCUUGGUGGGCUAUGCUGAGAUGAGAAGGAUGGAUGACUUUUGCAAGUUGAUCACCCAAAUGCAGAGAUUAGGAUUUUCUGUCAUUGAUGAUCUUUCCAAAUUCUUUGCCUUUCUGGUUGGGAAGGAGGAGAGGACAAGGAUGGCUGUACUAGUGUUUGAAGACUUGAAACGAAGAGGUUAUUGUAGCGUUUCUAUAUACAAUAUUCUUAUGGGGGCUCUUCACAAGAAUGGGGAGGUGAAAAAGGCGUUGUCACUCUUUGAUGAAAUGAAGGGAUCGACUUUUGAACCUGACUCAUCGACUUAUAGUAUUGCAAUUGACUGUUUGGUUGAGGUUGAUGAUAUUAAAGAGGCAUGUGCGUGUUAUAAUAAGAUCAUAGAGAUGUCAUCCAUUCCUUCUGUUGCUGCUUAUCGUGCUCUUGCUAAAGGGCUCUGCAAAAGUGGCGACAUUGAUGCAGCUAUGAUGCUUGUUCGUGGCUGCUUAGCCAAUGUUACUAGUGGACCUAUGGAGUUUAAGUAUACUCUUAACAUUUUCCAUGCAUGCAAAUCAGGUGAUGCCGAGAAGGUGGUUGAGGUACUGAAUGAAAUGAUGCAGCAGGGAUGUCCUCCAGAUGAUGUUAUAUACUCUGCUAUCAUUUCUGGCAUGUGUAAGCAUGGGACAAUGGAGGAGGCAAGGAAGGUUUUUUCGAAUUUGAGAGAGCGCAAGCUUUUAACAGAAGCCAGUAUGAUUGUGUAUGAUGAAAUACUAAUUCAACAUAUGAAGAAGAAGACUGCGGACUUGGUGGUGUCCGGAUUGAAGUUUUUUGGUCUAGAGUCCAAGUUGAAAGCAAAGGGCUGUACACUGCUGUCUUGAAAAUAUGCAGUCACCCUGUUGUGUGACAUUGGAACUGAUUGCCAUCUAGAAUUAAAUUUCUAACAAUACCUUCUUCCCAAGAUUAGAAUUGUUCCUUAGGAAAGGGAUAGACCCGUCUUUUAUACUCCUCUGCAUGCGGGCGGCAUUACAGCGAGUUAGGGAGAAGAGAAAGAUGGAUUACGCAUCACUGCAUCAGAAGCCGACUCUGGUCCCCUAGAAGAUCUCCAACCAGGACUCCUCCGACAAGUUAAGGAGAAGAGAAAGCUGGAGUACGCAUCAGAAGCUUACUCUGGUGGCUUUCCUCCAUGCCCCUAGAAGAUCUCCAACCAGGACUCUCCUUGGACAACAACGUUGUUUGAAAGGUCUCUCUUUCUGUCACCAUGUGUAUGAAUGGCUAUUAAAGUUUUUGGUGUUCGCCCCCUCUUGGGGGGUGGAAGUGGGGCUAUGGUUAGUAGGAUACUUAUCCAAGAAAAAAAUAUGGAAAAUUUGUAAGGCAAGUGAGUACUUGGAACAAGUGCUAUUGGGAACAAAUUUGAAGGGAUACAAGCCUUAAGAUUUCAGAAACUGUUGGAAACCUACAUAAAAAUUUGUUUUGUA